GCAGAGUGCACGCAUUAAAGUCAGUGUGUAUCCCCAAGUUCUCUCGAACAACUUCUCUCCACGAAACGAUCUGAAAAUUACUUUCUUCCUGAAGUCCAAAUCAGUUUGUUAACUUAAAGAUAUCAUGAAUUGCGAGGUUUGCUCUCUUAAAGAACUGGAGGUUGAAUACUUUGAAAUUCGGGAAGUAUUACGCUGUAUACUACAUACAAUCGUGUUCCAUAGGGCUUUGGGUCUAGUGCGUCCCAAAGAUAUCGAUUCAGAACUAUUUGAAAUUACUUAUGUGCAAUGUGGAGAUGCUGAACUCGAGAAGAAAGUAGAGGAGAAGAUUAAUCAGUUUAUUGGAUGGGUAGAGAAACACCCCAACAAGAAAAGUCAGAUAUGUUUAUCUUUCUAUGAGGUGAAAAGUAAGCAGCCAACAUGGUUCAGUAACAAACCUGAACGCGUGUAUUGGGAACAAUGGCAUAUCAAUCUGAAUGUACAGCACCCAAAAGCACUUACUAUCAAGUCUCAUCAUUCAAAAGUGGUAGUAGAUCCAGGAGUUAGUGCACUAGAGGAGAGAACUGUACGCCGUGCGGCUUUGGAAGCAUCUCUGCGUGAAGUACUGUUCCAAAUAAUAAAGUUUGUCAAUGAGAAGAAGGAUCACAUUCCUCCAAUACCAAACAUCGAGGGUGUUACAUUUCCAUAUGAAAUUACUCUCCCAAGCUCAUCGGAUUCUUCAUUUGGAAUGGACAUGUUCAAGAGGAUGCUUCAGACUGGUCAUCCAGGAAUGCUCAGUUGACCGGAAAUGAUAGUUUCCUACUUGAACUAUCGAUAUAGGCCGCUUUUUCUUUUACUACCUCAUUUGUGAAUAUGUAAAGAACUUGUGAAAGUGAAAUAUUUCCCACACGCUUGAACUCUAUAUAUGCUUUUGUUUAUAGGAAAGAAAAUCAAUCAUAUUAAUCAUAAUCUACAUUACAUGGCAGUGCCCUUUCCU